UAUUCCCUGAACCAUUUUUAACUAAACUGUUUAAAAAUCACGAAAAUUAAGGCCUCACACUAAAAGCUGUCAAAUUCAAGGCUCAAGAUAUUUUAUCCUUCAAAUCAAAUCAGCUGGAAAAUAUCUUCCUCUGGAGCGUUUUUUCUCCUUAUUAUAAUCAGUGUUGGUCUUCUCCGCUACGUCAGUGGAUUAUCCCAGUCAAGUGACUAUCGACCUGAAGUCUUGGGAGCCCGGAGUGUAGGUGGUGAAGAGAUUCUUUUGCAGCAAUGGCGAGUGAAGCAGCUAACAGGAGAAUUCACCAGAUUGCAUGCCAUCUUAUUGCCAAUACAGAAGCCGGAGGCGAUGGCGUGUUUGCUUCGAGCUGUAAAGGCACAAUGAACUCUGUGAUCAAGCGUUAUGAUAAUAUGGUCUUAUUUGCACGUCAAGGUACUGCAUCCCAAGGUUUUUUUAUGCGACAAGUCACAACUGAGCAGUUUCCAGAUCAUGAUGUAAGAGCAGCAUCGUCAUCUGUAGAGCUUUCAUCCACUCCCGAUAAGAAAACCUUUGCCUCCAAAUCAAGUCAAGGUCCUAUGUUCAGUAAACCAGUUGAAUUUUGGCAAGGCUCACCUGCAUCACGUCCUAUCUUCAGUAAACCAGUUGAAUUUUGGCAAGGCUCACCUGCAUCUCAUGAAGUUUCACAACAACAGCUGGCUGACCGAUCACCUAUGUUUUCCAAACCCGCUUCAAGCUGUACUAAAAGUGAGCAAACUACUUCAGCAGAAAGCCAUUUGACUGUACAAGUCCCAAAUAAUCUCAAUGAAUGGUCUCCACGAAUGGAUGCUGUUGAGUCUGGCUCCGCUUAUGUUGUGACAGUUGAGUUGCCUGGUGUUACUGCUUCAGGCAUCCGUGUGGAGGUGGAUGAUAAAAGGCUCAGUGUAACUGGAAAGCGAUCUACAGAAUGGUGGAGGGAUGGAAAUAACAAAUAUGCUGUGUAUCAUAAACGGGAGCUUUCAGAGGGUCCUUACUGUGUUACUUGGCAAUUUCCUUCUAACAGCAACAGGGAUGCUGUAUCUGCUGAGUUUGUUGAUGGAUUGCUGCAAAUCAGAAUUCCCAAAAAUGAUCAGUAAAAUGAGCUGGUGCAUUCCUUGCUGCUGCUGGAGUAUACAACUAUUAGCAAUUUCUUUCAUGUUUUGUUUGUGUGGUGGAGGGUGGAUAGGGCAUUUAGCUGUUAUUAUAUUAUGUACUUAUAUCUUCUAGGGAUAGAGCAGUUAGCUGUUAUUAUAUUAUGUAUUUAUAUCUUCUACGGAUAGGGCAUUUAGUAGUUAUUGUAUUAUGCAUUUGUAACUUAUAUGAUAACUGUUGGGGAACUCUUGAAAUAUACAUUUUAGCUGUUAUAUUAUAUAUUUACAUCCAUGUUUGGUAAUAGUUAAUUUUAUGUUUCAUGUA